AUGGGGCAGGACCAGACGAAGCAGCAGAUCGAGAAGGGGCUCCAGUUGUACCAGUCCAACCAGACAGAGAAGGCGCUGCACGUGUGGAUGAAGGUGCUGGAGAAGAGCGCGGACCUCGUGGGGCGCUUCCGCGUGCUGGGCUGCCUGGUCACGGCGCACUCGGAGAUGGGCCGCUACAAAGAGAUGCUGAAGUUCGCUGUGGUGCAGAUCGACACCGCUCGGGAGCUGGAGGAUGCUGACUUCCUUCUGGAGAGCUACCUGAACCUGGCACGCAGCAACGAGAAGCUGUGUGAGUUUCACAAGACCGUCUCCUACUGCAAGACCUGCCUCGGCCUGCCUGGCACCAGGGCAGGCGCCCAGCUCGGAGGCCAGGUCAGCCUGAGCAUGGGCAAUGCCUUUCUGGGCCUCAGCCUCUUCCAGAAGGCCCUGGAGAGCUUCGAGAAGGCCCUGCGCUAUGCCCACAACAACGAUGAUGCCAUGCUCGAGUGCCGUGUCUGCUGCAGCCUGGGCAGCUUCUAUGCCCAGGUCAAGGACUACGAGAAAGCCCUGUUCUUCCCCUGCAAGGCCGCAGAGCUCGUUAACGACUACGGCAAAGGCUGGAGCCUCAAGUACCGGGCCAUGAGCCAGUACCACAUGGCCGUGGCGUAUCGCCUGCUGGGCCACCUGGGCAGCGCCAUGGAGUGUUGUGAGGAGUCUAUGAAGAUUGCACUGCAGCAUGGGGACCGGCCACUACAGGCACUCUGCCUGCUCUGCUUUGCUGACAUCCACCGGAGCCGCGGGGACCUGGAGACAGCCUUCCCCAGGUACGACUCCGCCAUGAGCAUCAUGACUGAGAUUGGAAACCGCCUGGGGCAGGUGCAGGUGCUGCUGGGUGUGGCCAAAUGCUGGAUAGCCAGGAAGGCACUGGACAAGGCUCUGGAUGCCAUCGAGAAAGCCCAGGACCUGGCCGAGGAAGUGGGGAACAAGCUGAGCCAACUCAAGCUGCACUGCCUGAGCGAGAGCAUCUAUCGCAGCAAGGGGCUGCAGAGGGAGCUGCGUGCGCAUGUAGUGCGCUUCCAUGAGUGCGUGGAGGAGACGGAGCUCUACUGCGGCCUGUGCGGCGAGUCCAUAGGCGAGAGGAACAGCCGGCUGCAGGCCCUGCCCUGCUCCCACAUCUUCCAUCUCAGGUGCCUGCAGAACAAUGGGACACGCAGCUGCCCCAACUGCCGCCGCUCAUCCAUGAAGCCUGGCUUUGUGUGAAUCCCACCAGCAGUCUCGGGCUUCUGCCUCACUUCCCCAUGCUCCUUCUCCACCACCGUGCGGGGGUCCCCUGACUGGCCAUGCCUUGGACCCUCUUUACUCCUGGGGCAGCUGCCGGGGCCUCC